GGUCAAUCAAACACUAUUUGUUCUUACAACUUUGAUAAACCUCAAAUCACUUUGCUAUUUGCACCAGGAUGCUCCUUCUCAGGCUCUUCCUUUCCCUUUUUCUCCUUGGCGUAGUCUAUGCUGCAAAGAAUGUGGAGAUAAAGGACGUUCCCCGAGUCAGGAGCCUGGCCCCAAGAAAAUCAGAAACUUACUUUGAAAAUGUCCGCAAAACAAGAGGAUACGAAAAAGCCUCGUUCAAGAAAUUCAGAUUGCCCUCCUCGGAGGUGCAACUGGCGCGCGAUAAACAGGAAUACGUUGACCUGUGCUACAGAGAUGCCGUCAAGUACAACAUCCAGCAGAUCUACGAGGCAUCUAUUAACCUCGAAUCCAUCUGUCACUACAAUAUCGACCAUAAGAAUAAAGUUUUUGCGUACGAUACCUCCAGGGAAUUCUCCUUCUACGUCGAGCCCAGAGAGAUCUUGGAUGCCCGUGACAUUGAGUACAUCAGAAAGCAAGCAGUACAAACGACGGGUUUGUCCGAACUCUCUAGCGAAUGGAAAGACUAUAAGGGUGUGUGUGAGUUGACUCCGGGACAGGUUGGCAAGCUAGAGUUCGAUGCAACCCUUGUUAUUGUAUCCGUCGAGUACUCUGUAGAUAAAAUAGCAGUGUGCGACGACGUGGAUAAUAUUGAAAAUGCGGAGAUGGGGUACCUCACAGUGGGAUUUCCGGUAGGGGAUCUGGCACGGUUUCAUUGCAAAACCGGCAAGCAAUAUUGUCCGAGCAAGGAGGUUUAUUUGAGAUUUAACAAAUAAGGAGGGGUAUACUUCGUACAUAUUGAGGACGAAAGAAUUAUUUACAUAUAUAUCUGCGAUUUUAAAUUUAUUGGACAUUGAAAUAUAUACAAUAAAA